AGAAAGUAAGUUGUUACUUAUUGCUGGAGGGCAGAAUGCAUUUGGCGAAGCAGCUGGAAAGGUGAACAAGGACAAGAUCAUUAAGGAUGAUUAAGCUGUGAUAUGAUGUUUGUCUUUUAUUCUGUAGGCACAUGGGAGCUACUGAAGUAAUCUAUUCACAAAUGACUGGAUUGUCUAUAUAGUAAGCCCAAAAAGGCUACCAUAGCUAACUAGUGGGUUUAUCAGUGUUACAGGAUACGAGGUGAAAUAUUCUUUCAUUUAGCUAAAUUUUGUUUUGCAUUACAGAAAAUGGCAAGAUGACCAUUCAAGAAUUUAUGACUAAGGUCUCUAAUACACUGACUGUUCCUAAUGAUGCAGAAGAUAAAAAUCAAUUUUACAAUUUCGAUAUUAACAAAAUUGAAGAUACAGCUGUUUCUGAACUCCAGCAAAGAUUAAAUGCCAUAGGAAUCGAUUUGGCAGAAGAUAAAAUAGAGAUGGCUUUGGAAAAUACUAAUCCUAAUAGUGAUGUGGUGAAUUUUAAGGAUAUUAUCAGAGAAUUGACCAACACUGAUGAAUUUAUUGAGUGCCAGCGAAUAGAAGAUGCAUGGAAAGUUGUCGAUACUGUCUCUGAUGGGAAAGUUGAAAUUAGAGACCUUUUAUCUACUCUGAAAACCGUGGAGAAACCUUUAAAUAAAGAGCAAUGUAAGGUGUUACCAAACUCUGCAGCAGAUGAUUUAUUUCAAGGGAUUGCAACUGUUGAAAAGAUCAGGAAUGAGAAGAUGCCUGUAAAUGAACUGAGCUCCAGACUCUUGAGUAUUGGAAGUCUGUUAAACAGCAAGACAUUUCAGGAGAUCCUGAGACAAGCAUCUAUUGAUGAAAAUAGCGAAGUAAGUCUCAGACAAAUUUUGGAGACUUUGAACGCAAGUAAGCCAGUUCCGGUAUUUGAAGAUAUACACACUGCCCUCAAUACUGUCAACUUGAUGAACUGUGACAGAAUUCAAGUUAAUGACUUGAAAGAUGCUUUUGAUGACCUUGGUAUUCCUUUAAAGUCUGAAGAACACAAGAUGUUAGAGAAAACGCUUGAUGUAGAUGAAAAGGGAGACGUUUCCCUAAAGACUGCCCUUUUAGCAUUGAAAAGCAGUAAGCGUUUUCAAGAUUUUAGAGAGGUUAAUGAACUUGCAAAGGCCUUAGACAAAAUCACCAAUGAAAAGGUGAAUGUUGAUGACGUAAAAUCUAUACUGAAAGGCUUAGGGAUUUAUUUUCCAGAAGAGGAGUUACAGGAAGUACUCACAUCCACUGCCGUUGAUAACAAGGGAAAUGUGGUCUUAAAAGAUUUCAUGACUGGGUUGACGCAUACAUCGUAUUUUACUAAAAGUUCAGAAAUAGAAGGCCCCUUGAAAGCCCUGGCCUCCAUUAGGAAAAAUGUGAUCAAUCCUGAUGACCUAGGUUCCAUAAUGAAAAAUUUAGGAGUUCCAGUGCCCCAAGAUGUGAUUCAAAGAACACUGAAGAAUGUGACUUUCAGGGGAGAUAGGGUUGAUGUCAGCAACUUAGACACUUUUCUAGGAAACAUGAGGAUGGAGAUACCAGGUAAACAAUUGAGUGAGAUUCCAAAGGACUUGUCACUUGAAGAUGAAAUAUACAUAGAUAUGGCUCACAAGGUUCUGCAUUCUGAGAAGCCCUUUUAUCAGUGA